CAAACAAUUUUUCGAGUGGGCGUUAUUGCAGAGAGCGACUUUGGUGAGGUUUUUGGACAACUUUUACAUAGUUUUGGAAAGUUUUGGAAACAUUUCGGAAUGUUAGGAAAGAAGUGGUUUACAGAGGAGGAGGCAGCUGUUAUGUUGGCCGAAAGAUCCGACGACGAUAUUGCGUCCUCUUCGGAAAGCGAAGUAUCUGUGGACUCUGAAGCUGAGGAGGAUUUUCUAAAUGGAAGAGAUCCUGAUCUAGAACUAGAGCCAGAGUCAUCUGACUCAGAUUGGCAGCCAGAGGCAAAGAGGCCCACGAGGACCCCAAUGACUGUUGAGGAGGAAGAAGAAGAGGAGGAGCUGGAACCCAAACCCUCUACCUCCACACAGCCUGCAAGUCAGGGGAGGGGGAGAGCCAGAGGAAGAGCCGGAGGGAGAGCAGGAGGGAGAAGCACUCCAGAGCAGAGUUCUGGACCUGAAGGUGCAUGGCAAGGCACUGAUGUGGAGGACAUCACUCCUGAACAGCCAUCCUUCCACCCAGCACGCACACCUGGUGGCCAGCUCAUGGGUGGUGUAAAAUACACCAUUCUACAGUUAUUUAAUUUGUUUAUGACCAAUGAUAUACUCCAAGUCAUUGUGAAUAAUUCCAACAAGUUUGGAGAAACUGACCACCCAGACACCUUUCAGAGGAUCACCUUGCCAGAGAUGAUGACGUACUUGGCGAUGAUUAUCUACAUGGGACUAGUCGAGACACCGAACAUCACUGACUAUUGGAGAAGGUCUGAGCUAUACGCCUUUUCUUUUCCAUCGAGUGUGAUGUCAGGGCGCAGAUUCAAAGCCAUCUCACGCGCCAUCCACCUCAGUGACCCUGAUGACGAUGCUGCCAACAACUUAAAAAGAGGCACCGCUGGGUACGACAGGCUUUGUAAAAUUAAGCCAAUGUACCAUGAGUUUAGGCAGGUGUGCAUGGCGCUUUACCAACCCCACCAGUGUGUUGCAGUUAACGAGAGGAUGGUCGCAUCCAAAGCCCGCAGCGGACUCUGCCAAUACAUGAAGAGCAAGCCUGUGAAGUGGGGUUAUAAGCUGUUUGUGCUGGCGGAUUCCACCAAUGGUUACACCUGGGACUUCUUCAUCUACGAAGGCAAGGGAUCACAAAUUGUCAAGGGGCUCAGUUAUGACUCCGUAAUGCGGCUCAUGAAUACGCAGUUGCUUGGUACCGGGUACAAGUUAUUUGUGGAUGACUUUUACACAAGCCCAGAUCUCUUUCGUGACCUGCUGGCAAAGAAGAUCUGGGCCUGCGGUACCAUUCGCAGACAGCGUAUUGGGUUCCCCAAAGACAGGCCAGGCGGGCUUGAGAAGUGGGCUCCCCGGGGCACCAUUCGCUGGAUCCGCGAGGGGCCCGUGGUGUUUGUUCAGUGGAGGGACACCAGAGAUGUGCUAAUGUGUUCCACAAUCCAUGCAGCACAUGGAAAGGAUACAGUCCAAAGAAGGAUCAAGGGGGCAGGUGGGCAGUGGUCUGUACAGGAUGUCUCCAUUCCACCCGCCAUCAAGGAUUACAACAGGAACAUGGGUGGUGUGGACCUGUCCGAUGCCCUGAUUGGCUACUACUCCAUCCUGCACAAGACCAAGAAGUGGUACCGCUCUUUCCUGUUCCACUUCAUCGACAUCGCCAUCGCCAACGCCUUUAUCCUGUACAAGGAGAUGGCCAUUGCAAGGCAGGAGAAGGUGAUGUCACACAAGGAAUUUCGUGAGACCCUGGUGAUGGAACUGAAAGCGGUUGGGUCUACCACCACAGCCCCUCCACAGCCACCCCCUCCUGCUCCCCAAGGUGCCUUACACAAACCUGUACAUUUUUCACAGGAUGGCACCGCACUGUAGGUUGGAGGAGGUGUGUCCACUGCCACCAGAUGACCACAGUGAAAUGCUCCUCCUGUGAUGUGUGCCUGUGCUUCACAAUAACCAGGGACUGUUACAACACAUGGCACACCCUGAACAAUUUUUAAUUUUAUAUAUUAUGUAAAUAGUUUUUUAUCAUUCGUGUGUGUUUGUAUUUUGCACAGUUCAGUUUUGUCAUUUUCUCAGGCUCUUCGGUCAUGUAAAUAGUUUUUGCUU